AUGGCUUCAGGCAUGAUUGACAAAUGCUGCGUUGUCGGCACCCUUCACAAGGGUGAGACUACCGGCAAGGACAUCAAGCUCGAAGGCAACAUUGACGCCUACUUGGCCACACCCCCUGCGGACAAGGCUCGCGAUGGUCAAGGUAUCCUCUUCGUUCCCGACGUCCUUGGCAUCUGGGAGAACAGCAAGCUGCUGGCCGACAACUUUGCUGCUCAGGGCUACACCGUCCUCCUCCCAGACCUCUUCAACGGCGAUGCCCUCCAGCUGAACCGAGCUGGCGACUUUGACUUUAUGGCGUGGUUGACCAAGGGCUCGACUGGUGACAACCCUCACACUGCCCCUCACGUCGACCCCAUUAUCCUCACUGCCAUCAAGGCGCUCAAGGAUCUGGGCGUCAAGAAAAUCGGAGCCGUUGGCUACUGCUUCGGCGCAAAGUAUGUCGUUCGCCACUACAAGGACGGCAUCGAAGUCGGCUUCCUCGCCCAUCCCACCAUGGUGGAAGAGGAGGAGCUGGCCGCCAUCACCGGUCCCCUGUCCAUCGCCGCCGCCCAGACAGACCACAUCUUCCCUACCGAGAAGCGCCACCAGUCGGAGGAGAUUCUCAUCAAGACCGGCCAGCCUUUCCAGAUCAACCUGUACUCGGGCGUCGCGCACGGCUUUGCCGUCCGCUGCGACACCAGCGUCAAGAUUCAGAAGUUUUCCAAGGAGCAGGCCUUUUUCCAGGCCGUGACUUGGUUCGACGAGCAUUUGUAG